AAGCGUAGCGUAAAGACGCUGGUAUAUCCGCGAAGAGUAUUCAAAGUUCAACAUUUUAAACAUGAACAUCAAGGUACUGUUCCUGCUAGCUGGAUUACUAGCAGUGGCUAGUGGAAUGGUUCGUGAAGGUUGGUUCGAAACUCGCGUGGAUCAUUUCAACCCACGAAACCAGGAUACCUUCUCGAUGCGAUACUACGCCAAUGAUGAGCACGCUUACCGAAACGGACCGAUAUUCGUCAUUGUUGGUGGAGAUUGGGCCAUCGAUUUACGGUAUCUAACCGAAGGAUUGUUUUACGAUGUUGCCUACCUAGAAGGAGCGUUUUUGUUUGCCAAUGAGCAUCGUUAUUUUGGACACAGUCUUCCAUUUGAAGAUGCAAUGACGUAUCAUUUGGAUUUUCUAACCGUCGACCAAGCGCUGGCAGAUUUGGCAGAAUGGAUUAGUUAUCUGAAAACGACCGUUGUCGAAAAUCCAAAUGCGAAAGUAGUUCUGUUAGGAUACGGACAUGGCGGAACCCUGGCCAACUAUUUCCAUCAGUCGUAUCCUCAUCUGAGCAACGGAGUUUGGGUGUCCAGUGGCCCUGCUGAAGCCGCUCUAACGCUUCCUUCCUUCUUUGAGGUUCUUGGAGAAAAUAUUGGAACUCACGGAAGUCGCGAUUGCUACAACACAAUUUUCAGUGGUUUCCUAGUUGCGCAAAAUCUUAUUGCCCUCGGUCAGAGCGAUGUUUUGACGGAACUGUUCCAUUUGUGUGAACCUCUUGAUACCGAGAAUCCUUUGGAAGCAACUGCUUUCCUGUUGGGACUUCAAACCGACAUUCAGAGAGAAAUUUUACAUUUGCGUAACACCAAUUCUACUUCAAACAUGUGCGAACAAAUCGAAGGUAGUGACACCGAUAAUAGCCUGCACGCUUUGAAUGUAUGGUUCGCCCGUGAACACCAAUUUGAAGAAUGUGUCGAACUUAGCUUCAGUGACUAUUUGGCUCCGUUCGUUGAACUCGAUUUUGAAACGGAACAUCUACAGAAUGGACAUCGUCAGCGUUUGUACGUUCAGUGCACUGCCGGGGGACUAUUCCCGACGUCGGAUUCUCUAUACCAACCUUUCGGGAGUCAAAUCACGAUUGAUUUCUAUGUGGAAGUAUGUCGUGAGGCCUUCGGCGACUGGAUAGAUGAAGACUUCAUUCGGAGGCAGAUACAAAGUAUAAAUGUUCGCUACGGUGGUCGCCAGCCUCGCAUCGAAAAUGCUCACUUCACGCACGGAAGCUUAGAUCCAUUGAUUGGAUCGGGCAUUCUUGAAGAUGUUUCCGACAGUGCCUUCGCCACCAUCACGCCAAAUACGUUCUUCGCUCCGGAUCUGGAAUCAAUCGACGAAGAACUGGACUCGCCUGAACUGAUCGCCUCCAAGGAACUAACUAGGACACUCAUUGACGUUUGGAUAUUCAAAGAUUUCGAACCCAUACACGGAGAAGCGUAAACGAUAGAAUAAAACUAGAUAGUUAGUAGAUGUUAGCUGUCGAGCGAUACUGUAUUUUGUUUGAUGAUUUAUAUUCAUUGAAUUGUACAGGGAAAAUUGAAUGCAAAUUAAAAACUUA